AUGCGUGUCCAGAGACUUGAGACCCGUUUCCUGGGUUCAGCCUUACGCAGGGGCUCUGCGGGAUGCGAGAGUGAUUUCAGCCUUCCAUCGGUGAUUUCUAUCUUAGCGCCCUCCUCAACUCCAUCUCAGUUGGUCUGGCAGAAUAUUCGCCAAUUUGGUGGGAAGCUGAUGCGCAGCCGGCCCCUGCAGCUGGGCCAGGGGGUCUCUGAGCAUCGUUUGUCUCGUUGUCUGAAGACCCUGGAUCUGGUGGCUUUGGGUGUGGGCAGCACCCUGGGAGCGGGCAUGUAUGUCCUAGCUGGAGAAGUGGCCAAAGAGAAAGCUGGACCGGCCAUCGUCAUCUGCUUCUUGGCGGUGGCCCUGACUUCUAUGUUGUCUGGACUCUGCUAUGCGGAGUUUGGAGCCCGGGUGCCAUGCUCCGGUUCCGCCUAUCUCUACACUUACGUCACAGUGGGUCAACUGGUGGUUUUCAUUACUGGCUGGAACCUCUUAUUCUCCUACGUCAUUGGUGCCGCCAGCGUGGCCAAGGCCUGGAGUUUUGCGUUUGACAGCCUGAUCGGGAAUCGCAUCUCCCCUGCCCUGCAGGGCAUUUCUCUGCACGUGCCUCAAGUUCUGGCCAAGUAUCCAGACUUUUUUGCGCUGGGCCUGGUGUUGGUCCUCACUGCAGUGCUGGCUCUGGGAGCUCGGGAGUCAGCCUGGGUUUCCAAAGUCUUCACAGGUGUGAACCUCUUGGUUCUGAGCUGCAUCGUCGUCUCCGGCUUCAUCAAGGGAGAUCUGCACAACUGGCAGCUCACAGACGCCGACUACAAACGGGCCGGGCUGGGGUCCAACGACACCCACAGCUUGGGCUCACUGGGCUCUGGCGGGUUUGUGCCUUUUGGCUUUGGCGGGAUUCUCCAUGGAGCAGCUACGUGUUUCUUUGCGUUUGUGGGUUUUGAUGGCAUCGCCACCACAGGAGAAGAAGCCCUCCACCCUCACUGCUCCAUCCCCUUGGGCAUCGUGACCUCGAUCUUCAUCUGCUUCUUGGCCUAUUUUGGUGUCUCAGCGGCGCUCACCCUCCUGGUGCCCUACUACCUGAUAUGUCCCGAGAACCCCUUGCCGGAGGCUUUUGUCCACAUUGGAUGGGCCCCCAUCAGAUAUGCUGUGGCCAUCGGCACCCUCUGUGCCCUGUCCUCCAGCCUCCUGGGUGCCAUGUUCCCCAUGCCUCGCGUGCUCUACUCGGUGGCCGAGGACGGGCUUCUUUUCCGUGGACUCGUCCAGAUCCACACCCGCACCAGCACCCCUGUGGUGGCCACUGUCGUUUCCGGGACCGUCGCAGCAAUCAUGGCUUUCCUGUUUGAGCUCAGUGACCUUGUGAACCUCUCAUCCAUCGGGACCAUGCUUGCUUACUCCUUGGUGGCCUUCUCUGUUCUUGUCCUCAGGUACCAGCCAGACCAGAAUUUCAGCAAGAAUGAGAAGCCUAAGGAGGAAGUAGUUGAGAUGAAUUCUGUACCCAAAGCGAAAUCCCCAGAACGUGUUCCUGAAGCGUCCAGCACUCCGACGAGUCUGUGGAGCCCUGUCAGCGCCAUCCCCACCCCGAGAUCUGGCCGCACCGUCUAUGGAUGUGCCUUUCUGCUUGUUGUCCUGCUGACCAUGCUCUGCCUGGUACUGGCCCAUUGGCCCAAACGCCUGUUCUCUGGAGAGCCGAUCUACGUCACAGCUGCUAUGCUACUGCUGGUGCUCGUUGCAGGAUUCACUUUCACCAUCUGGAGACAGCCCCAGAGCAACACUCCUCUCUACUUCAAGGUAGGUGACCUUAUGUCCCCACACCACCCUCCUGAGUCGGUGGACUCUGCAGGCCUCAAGCUCUAACUACUCUACAGGACCAGGGGAAAAAAGGGCAGUUGCUAAAACCAAUGGAGUGUUCAUGGACAUCCC